AUGGGGGACAUUGCGGUAGCAAACGCGGCGGCCCAGGCGUUGCCUCCGAGAAAGCAAUUGCCAUCUUCGAUACCGAAUAUAGACUCGCUGGAAGGUCUUGGAACAGAUGGAAGCGAUGAAUAUUCUACCCUGAAGAAGCUUCAACGGCAUCUGGAAUAUAUCCAACUGCAGGAAGAAUACAUCAAGGACGAACAGAGGAGUCUGAAGAGAGAGUUGGUGCGAGCACAAGAAGAGAUUAAGAGAAUUCAGAGCGUCCCUUUGGUUAUUGGGCAGUUCAUGGAAGCCAUCGAUCAGAACACUGGUAUCGUACAAUCAUCAACAGGCUCCAACUAUGUCGUCCGAAUCCUCUCGACUCUCGACCGCGAGAAGCUUAAACCAUCAUCCUCCGUUGCACUCCACCGACACUCCAACUCCCUAGUCGACAUCCUCCCUCCCGAAGCCGAUUCUUCGAUUGCCAUGCUUGGCGCAGACGAAAAGCCAGAUGUAACAUAUGCCGAUGUUGGAGGUCUUGAUAUGCAAAAGCAAGAGAUUCGAGAAGCUGUUGAGCUUCCAUUAACACACUUCGACCUCUACAAGCAAAUCGGUAUCGAUCCACCAAGAGGUGUACUUCUCUAUGGCCCCCCUGGAACCGGCAAGACCAUGUUGGUCAAAGCUGUUGCGAAUUCGACAACCGCUAGCUUCAUCCGUGUAGUGGGCUCUGAAUUCGUGCAGAAAUACCUUGGAGAGGGACCACGUAUGGUCAGAGAUGUUUUCCGAAUGGCUCGCGAGAACUCGCCAUCCAUCAUUUUCAUCGAUGAAAUCGACGCCAUUGCAACCAAGCGGUUCGAUGCUCAGACGGGUGCCGAUCGUGAAGUGCAACGUAUUCUCCUGGAGCUCCUCAACCAAAUGGACGGUUUCGACCAAACCUCAAAUGUUAAGGUUAUCAUGGCCACCAACCGUGCUGACACUCUCGACCCUGCUCUGCUACGUCCUGGACGUCUUGACCGAAAGAUUGAAUUUCCUAACCUCCGAGACCGAAGAGAGAGGCGGUUAAUCUUCACUACGAUUGCAUCAAAGAUGUCUUUGGCUCCCGAGGUUGACCUAGAUAGUUUGAUCGUCAGAAAUGAUCCUCUGAGUGGUGCCGUCAUUGCUGCAAUUAUGCAAGAGGCUGGUCUUCGGGCGGUGCGGAAGAACAGAUACAACAUUAUCCAGUCCGAUUUGGAGGAUGCGUAUAGCAGCCAGGUUAAGAGUACACAAGACGCUGAUAAAUUUGACUUCUACAAGUAA